GAAUAGUGCUAAAUUUGACAUUUAACGACAACAGCAACCAUUGAACAUUGUUUCAUCAAUAAUUAAAUCAGUUUGUUUUGAUCAUUAUUAACAAGAAUGUUUAAAAGAAAAGUGAAAUUUAAUGAUUUACAUAAUUCACAAACAAGCAGUCCGAUCGAAAUAUUGGCGUUACGAGAAAGAUGCAUCGAUCGUCGUCCAGCUUGGAUUAAAGCAUUAUGCGCGUUUCUUAUGAUAGCAAGUCAUUAUGGUAUACUCAAUGUUGGUGCUCUAUUCUACCCUGGAUUAGAAGAAACAUUACAAGUUUCAUUUAGUUAUCUAUUCUGGCUUAUGACAGGACAAUUUGCAAUCACAUGUUGUUUAGAGAAUAGUACACGUGAAACUACGUUAAACAAUGUUGAUGUGAAUUUAUUCAUUCCAAUGAUAUUUCUAGUUUUGGAUCAAUUGACUGAAUUUAAAACUGCCACCAAUCUAUCAGAAUCACAAAUUCUAGUUGAUAGUCAUUUAACUGGUAUUGAUAAAUUAUUCACUGAUCCUACUACUCAUAAUAUUACAUCAACUACAUUGACUAAUAAUGUACAAGCAAGUACAGAACAAAUACCUAGUGAAAAUAAAUCCUUAUCUACAACUACAACUACACCAGCAGCUGUAUCAGCAGGCACAGCUAAUAUCAAAUCAAAAACAACAUUGUUUGGUGAUGCAUUUAGUUCAAGUAUAAUUCAAGCUCAAGAUAGUAAAUACACUAAAAAUCUAAUACGUACAGUUAUUCAACGUGCUCUUAUUAAAGUGGAAGAAAUUUCAAAUGAGUUAAUUUCAAAGAAUAUUUCAGUUCAUUCAAAACCACUGAUAGUGAUUGUGCAGGAAAAGCAUAUUGAUUCGAUGAAUGCAAAUUUUCAAUCAGAUGAUCGUUCUUAUGCUUUGAAAUACACUAAACCUACUGAAGAUACAAUUUUCGAGGAAAAUGAAGUUGAAUAUCAAACAAGCGACAAUGAAAACUAUGACACUACACCUUAUACUAAAGAGUCAGAAUAUAACUCUUCACAAAAUAAAAUCAUUUCAUCUGGACAUCAUUUAACGAAUUCACAUUUGAACUUGCAUCAUUCAAAAGUUCCUUAUGGGUCUCGUGGAUAUAUUGAUCAAUUGAUACGUAGUGGAAGUACCAUUUAUCAAAGUCAAGCUAUGAUGGUACCAUUUUACAAAUGUAAAGAUUUACCUAACAGAACUAGACUUUUAUCAAUAACUUCAGUGGAUGGACCUGAACAAGCUGUUGACUUAUUAGUUUCUAAAAUAAAUGAUGAAGAGGUUGAACAGUGUUCACUUGAUGAUCGAAUAAACAAACGAAAAAUGACAUUCAUCAAUUUGAAAAAUAUUCUUUUUCUUAGUUUCCUCAUCAAUCGUUCAUUAAGUUAUAUUGCUGAUUCCAUUCUAUAUGGUCAUUUUAUUAAUUUCGGCAUAAGUAGUGGAUUGAAAGAAGAACAAGCCAAUAGUUUACUUGCUUAUGUUGGAAUAUCAAAUAUGCUUGGCAGAAUAGCCAUUGGACUUUGUGGACAAUUUUCAACUAGACUAGAUAUUCGUUUACUUUCAGCAAUUUGUUUACUCAUUAUAUCAAUGCACACCAUUGUUAUGCCAUUCUAUCCAACUUAUUCAGCUUUAAUUGCCUACGGGAUAUCUUAUAGUAUUUUUGUUGGACCAAGUUUUGCAUUUUCACAUGCAAUGGUUAUCAAUAUAAUGGGUGAUAAAAAGAUUGACAGAAGUUUAUCACUGGUUUUAUUUUUCGAAGCAACUGGUUAUUUAAUUGGUGGUCCAUUAGGAGGUGUAAUCAAAGAUCAAACUGAGAAUUAUACAUAUACAUUUUUAUUCGCUGGAAUAUGCAAUACAAUUUCAGCUGUAAUCAUAACUGUACAUGCACUCAUCAACUUCAAUAUAUUCGGAAGAAUGAAACAAUGUUUGUGCAAGCAUAAUGUGUGACUGUUGUCGCUAUGUAACGAAUAAACAGACAAAAUGAUACUUACUACUAAAUAAGCUAUUUAGUAGUCUGUUAGAAUAUUUACAAAUAUUAACUAACCAAUUCAAAGAGAGAAUUUUUAUAUUGUUUCAUCAAUUUCAUUAUUUUUCAAUACACCGGUUAUUGUUCACUUAGAAAUAUAUUAUGAACAUUUUGUACACUAGAGUUGUCGAUAAGUUUUUUGAGUGUUUUACAGGAUUGAGGUGUACUGCUUAGAUUUUAGAAGGUUUCAAUUGUGUCUAGGUUUCUUGAAUAUUUUUGUAAAAACCUCUGUCUUGUCGGAUACAUUUAUAAUUGUUAUUUAUUGAACUGAACUUCUAAUACUGAAUGAUGUGAUUAUUAUUAUCCCUAUUACCAUGAGAUAAAAGUUAUUCGCAUUCAUUUACUACAAACUAUUUGAAUGUCAUAAAAUCUGUACAAUUGUAAUAAAUUAUUCAUUAACGUUGUAAUAGUAAUUGAAC